AUGCAUCUCGCGUACAGUUACACAUGGCUAUUUUGCUUGACCUUUUAUGGUUGGUACUGCAUAAACUUGACUGGAAGCAGAAUAAUAAUUGAAAUAGAUUCAUCGAGUUCAGAAACAGAUUCACGACCACCGAAUAGAAUGUACUGUAAGGAUCAGAAGGAAAAUGGAGAUGAAACCGACAUCGAUUGUGGCGGCAGUCGAUGUCCCAAAUCGGUGUUUGCAGAGGAAAAAAAUGCACUGGAAACUGAAGAAUCGUGUGUAGACUACAUGAAGAAUCAAGACGAGACUGAUGUUGACUGUGGUGGUACCAAGUGUCCAAAGUGUCGCGAUACAAAGAAUUGCACAGCUUGUUAUGACUGCAUCAGUGGCAUCUGCAGAAAUAACAUGUGCAUUCCGAAUGAUCAUUGUUUGAACAAAAUUACAGAUAAUGAUGAGACUGAUAUAGAUUGCGGUGGUCUUCAGUGUCCAAAAUGUGGCGACAUGAAGAAUUGUAACGUUUCAGCAGACUGUAUCAACGGUUCUUGUAUUAAUCAUAAAUGCAUUCCUGCCGAGUCAUGCACUGAUAAUGUGAAAAAUCAAGAUGAAACGGACGUCGAUUGUGGUGGUACUAUCUGCACAAAGUGUGGUAGUUCAAAGAGUUGUACUCAAGCAUCUGAUUGUAGCAGUGGCUAUUGUGAUAGCAAUCAUGUUUGUUCAAAUCCGACCGUAGCAACAACUCCAGCAAAUCCAACGACACCAAGUCCUGCUGUUAGUGUUACUACAUCAGUCUCUACAAGUAAUUAUUAUGGCACUGAAAGUAUAUCAUUACGUCCCUCUACUAUAUUAUCGAAUGUGAUUAUUGUUGUUACUGUACAAAAGACUGUGGGUGCUAAAUGGACCGGAAUGUUUAAUAAUUUUCCCGGUGGAAGUAUGACUGAAUCUCAUGAUGAUAAUGGUGCACAAGUAACCUAUACUUGGCGCAGUACCGGUGGAUUAUCGAUUGGAUCUGUUGGUGGCUCAUACACAGCCACAGCUCAAUUCGAUUUAAUUGGAACAGCACAACCAACAACUGGUGAUACUUAUAAUGUAACAAUCACAACCGAUAACGGCCAGACAAGUACACAAUUGGGCCAUUUUUGA